AUGGACGACAAGGGAGUCAAAUUUGAAAUGCAGAUGCCACGGGCACGGUUCCAGAUGCAACCACAGAUGCAGCCACAAAUGCAGCCACAGAUGCAGCCACAAAUGCAGCUACAAAUGCAGACACAGAUGCAGCCACAAAUGCAGCUACAAAUGCAGACACAGAUGCAACCACAGAUGCAGCCACAAAUGCAGAUACAAAUGCAACCACAGAUGCAACCUUACCCACAACCCAAUGUACAACUACAAGUGCAGCAACAAAUGCAGCCACCCAUGCAGCCACAAAUCACCUAUGUGGCCCAACAAACGUACAAGGAUUAUCUGGCUUUGUCCAUCAUGAACCUCCUCUUCUGCUGUUGCGCUAUUGGAAUCGCUGCCGUAAUUUAUUCUUGCAAGGUAAGUAGAGGGCCAGGGGGUGAGAGUGAGGAGUCUUGGGGUUCAGAGGACAAAAGAGUAAAAAAGAAAGUAAGAAGUUAUAAUUUCACUGUAGUAUGUCAUCCAUAUAUCCAUAUUAUUAUUUUAGAUAAUGUUAAUGUGUUAAGAGAUCAUACCAAGUUUACCACUUUUAAGGAUCAUGCAUCUAUGUCACCAUCCUGUCUGUAGUUACAGCCUCCACUCAUUCAUAGAUUUGGUGGUUGAUCAGUGGAACAGUGAAACUGCUAUUAUAAAAUAAAUAGUUCUAAAAUAAAUUAUUAAAUAAUAAUAAUAAUAAUAAAUCAUUAUAUACCAUUAUUUAAGAAAAACAAACAAAAAAAAACCAGCAAACGUUUCAAAAAGAAAAAUCGUAUGCAUUUUACACGCCAUCAACGUCACCUUUCUUAAUCUUUGAUACCUAUGAUUAAGAGCAUGUCUAUGAUUAAGGAAUGUGUUCCUUUUCUCAGUUUCACAAUAGAUACUCUUUAAUUUUUUAUUUAAGAAUUUUGUAAAUAAAUAAAUCAAUAAUUUAUCUUUUGAAUAUUCACAAUGGUAAUCAUAUAUAUUUUUACAGCCCAUUGUGGAACACAACGCACUUUAAAAAAAAAAAUUAUUAAAGGAUUUUUCAUUUUUACAAUUAUAAAAAUGAACAACAAUCCUAAAUCAAUGAAACGUAUUCGAAUGAAUACGUAAUAACAAAACAUAAUAGAAACAGAUAGUUAAACAAAAGAAAAUCAGGGGGAAAAAAUAUUAAAACAUUCUUUCAUUUUUUAUGGUGACAUCAUGUACUUUAUGAAGUUUAAUAUAUAAAGUCAAAUAGGGAUGCAUCAGGAGACAGUAAAGGUACAAUAAGAGAAGACAGCAUAUUUUACUUUACAUGUAUUGACGGUAAGUAGUAGACCAAGAAAAAGGAAGGGGAGAUACAGCGCUAACUCCAAAGGCAGCAGAAUAGCGUCUGUUACUUGGAUACUGUAAUAAUAAGAGGAACAAUGAAAAAUACAGAAAAAAAAGACUGCGCCAAAUAAGAAAUACUAGAUAAUCCUAUACAGAUAUAUGUAUACACAAUAUUAUAUAUAAAAAUAUUGAGAUAUAACAAUAUUAAAGAGUCCCAGCAAAUUUAAAAAAAAAGUCUUUUUGGAGAUACAAACCUUCUGAAGAUAGUGCUUUUCGGAGGUCAGUCUAUUAUCCUCCUUAGUGUUCAAGUAGAAAAAUCUUUAGUGCAAAUGAGGAAUUCCGUUGCUGGUGUGUCAUAUGAUAUAAAACACAAAAGAAACCACCAAUAGUGUAAUCCAGUACAUACAAUUUUUAGGUAAAGUUAAGAUAAAAUGCACUCACAGUGGGAGAGCUUCUAUCCAGCUCUUAGACAGGGCUCUGAGUGGUACAAUCCCCGCUCAAGGAUAAAUCCGGAACUGUCCUCUCUAGAUGUUCACAAUGAAAACGGCAUAUGAAACAAAUAAAACAAGAUACAGUGCUCACCGUUUUAAACAAUAGCACUUGAUAAAAAAUGUAUAUAAAAUCUACUCACAAUUUCAAGAGGCACGUUUUGCUCAAUGAUAGUAAUAGGGAUUAUUACUUGAAAAAGCCUAUGAAAUGCGUUGUGAUUAUAUAGAAGGACAAUUUUUGUCUGUUUUUAUUUUAUGUGGUAUAUUACAAUAAAAAUAGUUUUUACCCUUAAAUUUUUAUAUUUAUUUUCAUGUAUUUUUUUAUCCUGCAUUUCAUUUUACGCAUCUAAAGGAAACUUUACAUCUACCUACAUAUAUCCUUGGUGGGGAUUAUACCACCCAAGCUGAUAUCAUUGAGCAAAAGGUGCUCUUGAAAUUGUGAGUAAAUUUUAUAUAUUUUUUUUUAUAAAGUACUAUUGUUUAACACGGUGAGCACCAUAUCUUGUGAUAUAGAUUUUUUUCAAAAUUGUACUUUUCCAAAUGAGUGUAUUUUUGAUCAAGUGUAGGUAGCUCAAACAACUCACUUAGUUUGUUAACAAUAAUUUCAUUUUCGGGGGGUGGGGGGAAACUGAAUCAUUUAUGUCUAAUUUAAUUUCAAUUUAUAAAAUGAGAGUAAUUCAUUAUUUGGAAAGAAAUCGUCCACAUUAUUGGGAGAGAGGGGUCUCCAGAAGUCAGGUUAGUUCCUGGUGUAACAUGUUCCAAGAUGGAUAGUGGCAUAACUCUUGUCUAUAAAGCAGUCCCCUAGGCCUCCUUGACCAAUACGACCUAUGCCCUCAACAUCGUCCUGGUAGUAGGAAGUAUCUCUCUAAGUUUAGGGCACAAGUUGUGAGGUAGCGAUAACAUUUCCCUGUUUGAAUGUGGAAGCAACUUUUCCUUUUCAAUCAAUUACCACUGGAGCAGGUUUCUAGUUAAAUAAAAUUUAAAGGCCUGCCCUACGUUCGCAGUGAAAUUAUAAUUUCUGAUUCAGGCACUAGUGAUGUCCCGAACGGUUCGCGAACGGUUCGCCACAAACGGUUCGCCGCGGACUCAUCAUUCCAGCCAAUCAGCAGCAUACCCUCCCUCCCAGGCCCUCCCACCUCCUGGACAGCUCACUAAGAAUGCAGCUUCAAAAUGGAUGCUGUCCAGGAGGUGGGAGGGUCUGGGAGGGAGGGUCUGCUGCUGAUUGGCUGGAAUGAUGAGUCCACGGCGAACCGCUCGGCGAACCGUUCGCGAACCGUUCGGGACAUCACUAUCAGGCACACCCAAACCAUCAUUCACUCUAAGAUUCUGUAAAACCGACAAUUUGAUCCUACUGGGCUUGCCUAACCUAAUAGCUGAAUUGAUUUUCCUGAAGAAUGACAACGGGACAGACAGAGGUAUGGCUUGUAAGAAGUACAACAUUUUUGGGAGAAUAUUCAUUUUUAAGGAAUAUAUCUUACUCAGCCAUAAAACCUCUAAAUCCCACAUGCUUUUUCUCACAAAAACUAAGUAGGUUUUAAGUUGUGUUAAAUAUUCAGCUCCUCGUAAUAUUCAUGAGAAAUACUUUUAGAUUUUUCCUGAGUACUUUUCUCUUACUUACUGAGCAAAGUUUGAGCAGUUCUUUUCCAAUGUGGAUACUAAAAAAACAGUGUGCCCUGGGGACAGUGGUGGGAAAUGCUAGAAUUCAGCGUUAGAAGGGUGCACCCUUAACAAACAAGCUUUGAUGGUUUGCGUUCAGUGUUAUCAUAUUUUCAUCUCUUGCCUUGCUGAACGGUGCACUUAGUGGGUCCAACAUACUAUAGUAGAUUGUAGUAAAUAGCAUUUAGCAGUCUAGAUUUAGUCUCAGAAAUUACUGGAAGUGAUCUCUAUUUACUUUCUUUCAGACAAGGGAGUCUCUGAGUCGAGGUGACUACAUUGCGGCAGCGAGCGAGUCUCACACAGCGUUUACUUUGAAUAUGGUGUCUCUGGGCAUCGGGAUCUGUAUCUACUGUAUAUGGAUUGCAUUAGUCAUUUGGUUGUCUGUGUAA